CCUCUCGGAUGGUGGUAGUAUUUAUGUCAGGCUGGCAAAGCUGGGAAACUGGUUCUUCCCCUAGGAUCUUGUCUAUCUAUAACGAAAAGUCACCAUCUCGUGAAGCGAAAGUGUGAGAGGAAGAGCACAAGGUGGGACACAAGAACGCUUUAUACACUACGUACACGCACUGCUUUUCUGAGCUGUGUAUCAUCAAUCUGAAAGCUCGCUAAGAAGAAGACGCCUCUCAUACGGACUACUCCUGAAGUGUGUUUUGACUCAAGCAGAAUGGGGCCAUUUCAGGAAUACAAGGUGAAGAAGUCAUUUGGAAAGGACAUCCCUAGGAGCCGCAUCCCCCGUCUUAUGCUUCAAUCUAUUCGUCCUAAAGAUUUGCAGAUUUCUGAGUUUCCAUUAUCUGAGGAUGAAAGCAAAGGCUGUGACAUCAGCAGAAAUCAGAACAGAACCAUCAGUCCUAACAGCUUCUCAUCAGAUGACACUGGAUGUCCUAGCAGUCAGUGUCCAUCUCCUGCUAAAAUCAGAUCUAGCUCAGACAACAGCUCUCUGGGGUCACCUAUACCAGUGAAGAGCAAGGCCAAGGUCAAGAGAGUCAGAGUCAAUGUGGUGGCUGAGUGCAAUGGCAUUAAACAGAAGCACAAGAAAGGGCAACAACAGACUUCUGUUCAGCACAGAGGUAGUGAGGCUGACUUCAUCUCCUCCAGCAGCACUGGAAGCUUCAAAAGCCGUGGAACUAUGGCCAACAACUCCACUGGGAAAAAGAGUUGCCUUUCACACAGCCGUGUGCCGCACAUCAGAAGCCAGCCUGUGUUGAAGUCACCAGGAAGCCCAACUGCUCCCCGUGAUGCAGAGCUGUUUGCCCCCUACACAACACCACCCAAAAAAACACAUGCAUCAUGCAUCAGCAACAAUUCUAGCCCCACUCCCAGAACCACUCCAGGGAGCUACCAUUCAUGUGGUGACAAUCAUGGCAUCAGACCUCCCAAUCCAGAGCAAUAUCUGACACCUCUACAACAAAAAGAGGUGACAAUCAGACACCUGAGGACCAAGCUCAGGGAUGCUGAGCAAACCACUUCUGAUCGGGAGUCUGAAAUUCAGGAGUUGAAGUCCCAGCUGGACAGAAUGCGUGAGGACUGGAUCGAGGAAGAAUGUCACCGUGUGGAGGCACAACUGUCUCUCAAGGAAGCACGCAAGGAGAUAAAACAGCUAAGGCAAGUAGUUGAGACCAUGAAGAACAGUCUAAUGGAGAAGGAUAAAGGCAUUCAGAAGUACUUCAUUGAUAUUAACAUCCAGAACAGGAAGCUGGAAUCCUUACUGCAUAGCAUGGAACUGGCGCAAAGUGGUGCCAACCUGCAUGAUGAGCCUACGCUGGACUUUAUAUGUGACUCUCCAGAAAAGCCUUCUGGAGAGAAGCAAAAAGAAGAGCUACAGGUCAAGGAUCAGGCAGAGGAAGAGAUGACAGACAGUGGGCUGCUUGUCAGCGAAGAGACAGCCAACCAGACGGACACGCUAGAGCAGGUUCUCAUGUCUACAGCUAUGGACUACAGCCACGAUAGUAGUGCCAAACUCAUGAGCCAACCAGGACUGUCCACUCUGAUUCAGAGUGCUGCUGAAGACACUGUAAAGAGCUCAAAAGUCUACAAAAUCCCAAAUCAAAUUUACAGUCAACUCAAUGCUGAUGAGCAACAUGCUUCUAGUGAAAAGGCAGUUCAAACUGAUGAGUCUCUCUAUAACCCUGACCUUCAAACCUUGCUUUUACAUCUUCUGAAUCUUCAAAACACUGGGCUGUCUUCAAAUUUUCCCCAAAUGUUACCAAAAGCACAGAAAUCAGACCAACAUGCAGAAGAACUAAUCAAAAACAAAUUGCCUCAAGCCCAGAAUUUCAGUCUGCUUGAGGGGAUGGAUCACAUUCCCUGUAAUCCUGCAUUUUCUACAAUGCUAAUUCCACAGGACCCUGGAGGUUCAAUCCAGGGUUCAGAACCUGAUAUGGCCCCAGGGUUCAUGGAAGAUCUGGACUUUGGUAUGAAGAAUACUUACAACAGUGAUGGUGCAACUGUGGUAGAGAAAAGUCACUGGAGCAACAACUUCUUGGUUGAUCUUGUUGCUGUGGCAGCACCUGUUCUUCCUACAGUGUCCUGGCUGUACUCUCAGCACAAUGCAGUUGAUGGGCCACCAGUCUACAACAUUGCAACUUUAAUCCGUGGAUGCUGCAUUAUGGGAUUGCACUCUCUCCGCCUUGUCACCUAUGGGCCACAUGUGUGAUGGUCUUUCACGUUUAGGCACAGCUAACAAGAGCACUUAAUCUAUAUAAAAUAAGUUUGUGUUGGUACUUUUUUAUUUUCAGUUCUGCCACUUUGCACUUUGUGUAUAGUUGCUAUAAUAAUGAAAAAUGUACUUGUUGAUAUUGUCUUGUUUAUUUCUCCAGAGUUGUAUUUUAUUGCUCAUUGCCCUGAUGUGAUCAUCUUGGUAGGUGAUCAUGUUAUUGUACUGUCCUUUGCCAGCUAGUUCAUUUCUUGUGUAGAAAUGGUAUUGAUGGUUGGUUAUAAUGUUCUUGUUUCCAAAGGAGUAGCCCUGCAGCCAAAGCUUGUUCAUUAUUGUUUUUGUGAAUUUGUCUCCAUCAGUGGAGCUUUUUACAUGUUUUUGUUACCAUGCUGACUCCCUAAACAGUCAAUACUACAGCGCACAUGACCUGUUUGUGCCUGAGCAAUGUGCAAUAUUUAUGUCUUGGAUGUGU